AUGGUAGCAAAGAGGAAAAGAGAAGCCGCCCCCGAUGGCGACCGUGCCGACUCCAAGGCUGCAGCCAAGAAGCCCAAGGCAUCGACACCCGCCGCGCCCGCCAAAACACCACGACCGACGGCGGUAACCAAGCUUGACACCAACAGCCCAGUGACAAUCCAGAUCAUCGCGGGGUCUUACGACCGAGUGCUUCACGGCGUCACGGUGACGGUCAACCCGGCCAUUGUCCCGGCAAAGACUCCCGCCCAAAAGAAGAAGCCGGCCCCGAAAGAAGACGCCCCAAAACAAACCGUCACAUUCGCCGACACCUUCCUCUUCAACGCCCACAACUCCGCCAUCCGCUGCCUCGCGCUCUCCCCGCCGUCCGCCCCAGCCCCCGGCCAAUCGCAAAAGGUCCUCCUCGCGACGGGCAGCACCGAUGAGCGCAUCAACAUCUACAAUCUCUCCGCCCACCCCCCAUCAGCGCGCGCAGCCGACGACCAACAAGCUCUCUCCUCGCUCGCGCCCCGCCCGAUCCUCGAGAACCCCAAGAACCGCGAGCUCGGCACCCUGCUGCACCACGCAGCCAACAUCACGCGUCUCGCGUUCCCCAACCGCUCCAAGCUGCUGUCCGCUGCUGAGGACUCCACCGUGGCUGUGACUCGCUCGCGCGACUGGACGCUGCUGCAUAGUUUCAAGUGUCCUGUGCCGAAAGCGUAUGGCCGGCCGAGCGGGGAUACGGCCGCGCUGGGGACGGCGCCGGCGGGGGUGAAUGAUUUUGCGGUGCAUCCGAGUAAUAAGAUUAUGAUUAGUGUCAGUAAGGGGGAGCGGUGCAUGCGGUUGUGGAAUUUGGAGACGGGGAAGAAGAGCCGGGUGUUGAAUUUUGAGCGGGUGGUGUUGGGGGAGGUGGGUGAGGGUCGGCAUUCCACAGGCGAGGCGAGACGGAUUGUGUGGGGGAGCAGUCGGGAUGGGGAGGAUGAGUUUGCGGUGGCGUUUGAGAGGGAUGUGUUGGUGUUUGGGAUGGAUUGUUUGCCCCGGUGCCGGGUGAUGGGGGAGGAGGUGGGGGUCAAGACGAAGGUGCAUGAGAUUUGCUACGUGCGGGUUGGGCAGAACAAGGACGGCGAACGGGACGACGAGGAAGCCGUGCUGGUGGUAUCGACUGAGGACGGCCGGUUGCUGUUCUUCUCGACGGCCGCGGAGGACCUGGCGGAGCCACCUAAGGAUAAGACGCUGCCGAUCGCGAAGCUGGUGGGCCAGCUGGGCGGGAAGGAAGCUGGCGUCGCGGGGCGCAUCAAGGACUUUAUGGUGCUGCCGGUGGAAGAUGAAGAGGAGGAGAACGGCACACGGUCGUUCUUUAUCGUCACCGCGGGCAGCGAUGGGCGGAUCCGGCUUUGGCAGGUGGGCGCUGGGGAACUGCUGGGCCAAACGAGACCAGGCAAGCAGCACACUCAGGCGGGUGACCUGUUGGGUGUGUACGAGACGCAAAACAGGAUCACAUGUUUGGAAGCGUUUGUGAUGAUAACCCGACCGGCGGGCGCAGAGGAGAGCGAGUACGAGUUUGAGUCGGAUGAGUCGGAGGAUAGAGAUGAGGAGUAG